UCCUGGCCAGAAUGUCCAUUACCAUUGUAGGCUGUUUGGUGGCGCUGUACGGGACUGGAAAUCCUGAUCCAGUCUUUGGACCACCUCUUUGGACCACCCGAGUUUCGCAAAUUACUCAUUGCUCGAGGAUGUGCUGGAUGUCUCAGCAUGUUCUCGAGUUACUCGUCUUUUUGUGGGCUGUCAGUCAGUGAAUCGAUAACUGUCCAGCUUCUGGGACCGACAGUCACGCUCUUUCUAGGAUAUCUCGUCCUCGGAGAGACGUUUGAGAGACGAGAGGUUAUAGCUGGAUUCUGCUGCCUCAUUGGCACCAUGUUUGUCUCGAGGCCCGCUCUUCUCUUUGAAUCAUGGUCUUCGGGCGAUACACAAGCUCCCUCGUGGGGACAGAGUGUGCCCUUGGACCGGUCCGCAGGUCCCGGGCGGACCCUCGGUGAUCGAAUGGUCUCAGUCUGUUGGGCCGUCAUCGCGGUUUUUGCGGCAUCUUGCGGAGUGUGUGGCACCCGCCAACCGAUCUACUGCAUUUGGGACUAACCUGCCACAGAUACAUAAUAUUAUUAUUCGUCAUAUCGGUACCCGAGCCAGUCCAUUCCACUCUAUGCUCUUCUACGCAUACAUGUGUGUGGCAGCUAAGAUACUGUGCAUACGGGCUGGGCCACGUGAGGCAAUAGAU